AUGUCUUCAGCAAACGUCACUCAGUUUGUCAACACACUGCGUGAGCAGACACGCCGGUUCAUCGCUGAACUUCCUGAUCGGUCAUUCAUGCUCCCAGAGAUACCACCCAUGGUUACUGAUGAUGAAGACCUUGUUGUAGCAAAUCUACGUCUUGUUCUCCGCUACUUGAAGCAAGUCAACAAGUUGUGCAAACGUCAAGCCGCCACUGACUCCUCUAUGAAAGUCUUGCAGCAUCGUGCUUUAGUCAAGCAAUUUCAUGAUGUAGGUGAUUGGUCUGCAAAGCUUCCACCACCUUUUGAAACACCUGAAGCUGUGAAGGAAGUGCCGAGACAGACCCCUGCAGAGGAGAGAUUGAAACGAUUGAUGAGUAUACCUUGGCCAACCAAGCAUCCAUCCACCCCUGCCACAACCCAGAGCGCCAGUACUAGUUUGCCUCUCCCUGAUGCCGGUGGCUGCAAAGAGGAGACAGCAAGCACUCCUGCCCUGCCAGAAGAAGUUGGCGCGUGUGAGGGAAAGACUGUCGCGCGUGACACUAUCCAGAAUGAACCAGACGCCACUUCCCGAAUUGACAACAACAUUCCGAGUGAAAACUGUGCAAAGGCUGACACAAGCAGUGAUGCUAGUAUUGCCUUCAAAUUCCAGGGAACAGACAGUGAUAUUGCUAAGGCUGACUCACCACCACCACCACCAAGUGAACUCCGGUCGUUUCACUUCAGACACGCAUCAGACCCGCUCCAGGUGAAGACCUCCGAGAUCAACAACUACGCGCACCAAAAGAAUCGCGCCGUCUCACUUCCAAUCACAUGCGAGGAUUCGAUGCAGUCUUGCUUCUUGCGCUGGAGUGGCGAGACUCUGGAGGAAUUCAUCCGUGGUGUGGAAGUCGACGACGCCAAACAUGCCAACAAGCAGAGAUGGCUGUUCCUCAUUCAACAACCUGACGCUGUUGCAUUCCUCGGCAGGUGGCCUUCUCCAGCCCAAUUGAAGGAUUUCAUGCAGAUGCAUCAUCUUGAGUGGGUCGUUCGAGUGCGUGGCAAGUGGGAUUGGGAGUCCAAGCCAGCCGCUGUUCAAGAGUCGGCUGAUCGUGAUGCAAACAGCGCUGAAGAGCUUCCUGUCGAGGGUGACAUCGUCAACAGCGUAGAGCAAGACACUGUUGACCAAGCUGCUGUUGGUCAGGACGGCGUUGAGAGCGGCAAGGUGGCGGACCCUGCUGAGUGCAAUGACGAGAACAGUGUCAUCAGCCCUGUCGAACCGACCGAGGACGCUGCCAAGAAUACUUCCGAUGACGAGCAACCAGUCCUCGACACCCCAGAGAUCAAUGAGGCACCAUCAGAAGAUGUUGUGACAGACACUACUGCGAACUAUGCUGAGAGCAGUGCCGUUGACCCUGCCACACCAGUGCAAGAUGCUCCUAAGGACAUUCCCAACGACGAACAACCAGCUCUUGACGACUCGGAUGUUAACGAGUUGCCAUCAGAAGAUCUGGUUACGGAGGAAACUACUGAGAACAACAAGGAGAUCAAUGAGUCACCGUCAGAAAAUACCGUGGCAGACACUCCUGAAAACGAUGGCGAGAGCAGUGCCUGUGACCACACCACACUGGUUCAGGAUGCUCCUAAGGAUACUCUCGACGAUGAACACCCUGUCCCUGAUGACUCGGAUAUGAACGAGUCCUCACUAGAGGAUCCUGUUGCGGAAGAACCAACUACUGGGAAUUGCAACGAGAAUAACGACGAGAACAACGAGAUCACUGACGAACAACCAGCUCUUGACGACUCGGAUGUAAAUGAGUCUACAUCAGAAGACCUUGUUACGGAGAAGGCUCCUGAGGGUAACGAUGAGAUCAACGACGAGAAGAUUGAGACGAACGAUGAACAACUAGUCCUUGAUAAGUCGGAUGCGAACGAGUCCCCACCAGAAGAUCCGGUUACGGAAGAAUUUACUGAGAGCUGCAACGAGAUUAACGACGAUCAACCGGCUCUUGGUGACACCGAAACAAAUGAGUCUACAUCAGACCACCUUGUUGCAGAGAAACCUUCUGAGAGCAACAACGAGAUCAACGAGAUCAACGACAAAGAAGCAGUCCUUGAGAACUCGGAUAUAAACGAGUGCUCAUCAGAAGACACGAUUACGGAAGAACCCACUGAGAACACCAUUGAGGAGAACGAUCAGAACAGUGUCUUUAGCCCUCUCGCAUUGGCACAGGACAUUACUCAGGACAUUUCUAUCGACGAACAACCGGCUCUUGAUGACUCGGAUACCAACGAAUCUACACCAGAAGAGGUCAUUGUAGAGGAUCCUACUGAGAACGACGGCGAGAACAGUGUCAUCUACCUUGGAGCACUGGUUCAGGACGCUACCAAGGACAUUUCCACCAACGACCAACCAGCUCUUAACAACUCGGAUAUAAACGAGCAUACACCACAAGACCCUACCGUGGAGGAAUCUAUCGAGGACAACUACGAGAACAACACUCAGAACAACGACGAGAACAAUGUCUUCAGUCCCGUCGCACUUGUACAGGACUCUACCAAGGACAUCUACCACGAACAACCAGCUGUUGACACCUCCGAUAUAAACGCAUCUGCAUCUGAAGAUCUCGUUGUGGCGAAACCAGGUGACGCAGUCGCGGACAGUCCUCCUUGGUCCACCACAGCCAUCAUUACCGGCGUCGCAGCGUCAGCAAUCACCGCUUGCACCUUCUGCCCACCGCUCUGUGUUAUGAUGCUCUAUGUCGGCAUAUCGUAUGCUAGGGCUAAAUUGUGGCAAUGA